AAAAACAAAUGUCAUAAACACUAGUGAAUGAGUUUGUACGCACACCGCUUGUAAUAUUAAAUUAUGUCUCUUACCUUCGAUUUCGAUAGUGAAAGUGAAACUUACGAUGUUGAAGCAAUUAGUUAUAAAAAAAUUGAAAAUAAAAUAACUAAGCUUGGUUAUGCUGACGGUAAGAGCGACGGAAACGACGCAGGCGUGGAAAAGGGUUUCAGACAUGGUUUUACUGAUGGCUUACUUACGGGCUUUCACUUGGCAAAAUACAAAACAUUCUAUGCCACAAUGAAUUCCAAGAAAAAAGAAAAUACAGCACUAACAGAUGAGCAUAAGGUUUAUGAAAAAUUGGAAGUACCUGCUCCUAUGGACAAAACACAUUAUCAAAGCGAUCAAUUUAAAGAUUUAAGUUUGGAGCAAAUGUCCAGAAGACAACAUAAAUAUAUAAGAAAAAAAUUAGAUGAGUUUGAAUUGAAGUUGCCAUUGGCUACAAAUUUAUUAGUGGCGGAUGGUAAUUUCUUGUAUACACAAAAUAACUAAUUUAUAUUAAAUAAUUAUUAAAUUUGUUUAAAAUUAUUACUUUUGCGUCGAAAUUUU